CACCUCUGCUGCGAACAUGGUUGUUGUUGUGGUCCGCCAAUGAAUUUUUGGCCAACUCUCUGAGAUCAAGAUUGAGAAUUAUCCGUAGACAGAGAUCAGGUCGGACUGCGGAAGAGCAACGCGGAAGUAACAACCUACAACUCCAGCCAUGGCCGCUGUGCUGCCGGAAAACGCGGCCGAGAUCGCGGUGGCCAAUGCAAUCAAUAACAUCAACGGGAAUGGAAAUGGAAACGGGCGCAAUCGGGUGCUACCUGGCGGAUUAGGUGGUGGUGGUGGCCAGAACAACAUGAUGAAUAUGCGGGAUCGACUGUUUCAUGCCAUAUACUUUCGGGCGGCGGCCUCCUAUGCGGAGUUGGUUCCAAGGAAGGUGCAGUUGACCAUUGAGUUCCUGCUGCUGGCCAAGGCCUUGCUGUUCUUGUUUACGCUUAUCUACGUGCAUAACUCCUUCAUCAAGAAUCCCUGCACUUGCCUGCAGGAGGUUAAAAACUGGCCUCGCGAAGGCGUCAUCAGAGUGGAGAUCAUUCCUCACCUGGCGGAGAAGCGAGCAAUUUGGCAGGGAAUCAAGAGGGAUCAACAAAUAGUGCGCUCCCUAAAGGAUUCCUACUACUACGGCAUUGGACCGCAAACUCUGCAAAAUCACGGUACCCUUAAACGGUACGAGUCCAUUCUAAAAAAACUAGGUCUGCCCGUUAGACCAACGUUUGCUUACAGUAACGAAUCCCUGUACUACUACUUUGAUGCUAUCAACAUCUUGGACACCUACGACCAUCCAAAUGCAAUUCAGCUCAAGAACGAAGAGGAUGAUGAGGAGCAAUACAUUGUGGAGUACUCAUUGGAGUACGGCCACCUUCGCUUGUCUUCCUCCACGCGAAAGCGUUUACAUAUCCCCGUACUGACCGUCCAACUGGAUCCCGAUACGGACAAGUGUUUUGGAGACAGUUUGACGCGAUAUCUGCUCAAACGUUUGCUAGGCUAUGAUGACUUACUAAUGGCAUCCGUACGAACUAUAGCCGAGCAGGAGGAGAAUAAAGGUUACCUGCGAAAUGUUAUAACCGGAGAGCAUUAUCGCUUCGUCUCCAUGUGGUGGGCAGCUUGGAGCAGUUACCCGGCUGCCUUCUGUGUGAUGUUACUAUUCACCUUCUCAGUGUCGAUGCUGCUGCGCUACUCACACCACCAGAUCUUUGUGUUUAUAGUUGACCUGCUGCAGAUGCUGGAAUACAAUGUGUCUGCCCGGUUCCCAAUCGCACCGUUGCUCACUGUCAUACUGGCGCUCGUAGGAAUGGAAGCUAUUAUGUCGGAGUUCUUUAAUGACACCACCACGGCCUUCUACAUCAUACUGAUUGUCUGGAUCGCGGAUCAAUACGAUGCCAUCUGCUGUCACACGAGCAUCACCAAGCGUCACUGGCUCAGAUUCUUCUACCUGUACCAUUUUGCGUUCUAUGCGUAUCACUAUCGCUUCAGUGGGCAGUACAGGACGCUGGCCCUGCUCUCCUCGUACCUAUUCACACAGCACUCGAUGGUGUUCUUCUUUCACCGCUACGAGCUGCCAGCCAUCAUGGCCCAGCACCAGGUCUUCAUCAUUACUCGCAACCAGGGAGCAGCAGCAGCAGCUGCUGCAGCAGCAGCGGGAGCGGGAGCGGGCGUGGGCGGAGCUGAGCCAGCAGGAGGUGGCGUAGGAGCAGGCGCUGCCGCUGGAGGGCAGCCAGGAGCUGACGCAGCAGGUGGAGGCAUUGGUGCUGGCCAGCAGGCGUCCAUGCAACGUGCCCGUCUGAUAGUCACUCGACUCUUCAGCCAACUUGCAGCACAACGCCAGGGGCAACAGGGGCAGCAGCAGCAGCAGCAGCAAAAUCAGGACCAACCACGCCCACCAGGACCCACCGCCGCCGUGGGCGUGGCCUUGGCCAACCUGAGAAGACUGCCCGUGGUGGGCCAGUGGCUGCAGGGGCGCGAGCAAUUCGCCACCGUUCGUCGCGUCUUCCUGGGACACGGCGACAACGCAAGGCUGAUGCAGGUGCGUCUGCAGCGUAUUAACGUCGCCGACAUACCUGGCUUGCGCAACCAGGUGGCAGCGGCCAUGGCAGCAGCAGGCGCGGUCCAAAGGGGCCAAAGCGCAGCUACAGAUGAACCCGACAGCGGCGAUGUUGCAACUACAGAAGCAGCAACGGCGGCAACAGCAGCCACGGCAGCAACGCCAGCAGCGAACGAUGCAGCAGAUGUCGAAACAAAUCAGGGACGCAAGCAGCCGACAACAUCGGGCAUAAAUGAUGCAGUAGCAACGGGAGCGGAAGCAACUCAGGACGAGUCCGGCCAGGAGAAAGUGGUGGUGGUGGAGCGUCAUGGACAAGAAAAGCUACGCGAUGGAGAUGGGCAUGGGGAUGGGCAAAUAGCGGGCAUGUCCAAGACGCUGGAAAAUCUAAAUUUCGUUGCGGCGGAUAUUAUAAAUAUGUCGGAUAAAACUACUGUAGCAGCAUCGCACCCAACGGAGGGUACUCAACAGCCAGAUCAGACCCUGAUCCACACCCACGACGGUGUCCAUCAGACUCAGCCAAGAGCGAGGCAAUUAGAAAAUAAUUUGCCAGAGUUGCUGAAAGCUGAGGGGGCAUCCGCAGCAAUGGCAUCAGGUGAAAAGCAAAGCUGCCCACUACAAGCACCCAGCAUUAUGAAUGACCAGCAGCAGCAGAGGCAGGAAAACAAACCGGACGAGCCCGCGACAGCAACGGUAGCAGCAUCAACAGUUGCCACGUCAAAACAAUCCUCUGAGCCAGGAGCAGCAGCAGCAGCAACAGCAGCAGCAGCGGUAGGAGCCGAGGCAACAGGCAGGCCAAUGAUGGAUGACAGGCAAACAGUUGAUUUUAUAGAAGGCGACAGCCCAACGUCAGCAGCAAAUUGCCAACUCAAUGCUGGCGCAAACCACAAGGCACAGGAGCAGCAGCUAAUGAAAACUUCACAACAUACAUCAAACCAAGUGACAACGGCAGCAGCAGCAGGAACACCAGCAACAGCAGCAACAGGAGGAACAGCAGCAAUGGGGACAGCAGAACCAUCAGCAGAAUAAUCAAGGCAUUAGUGGCGAGCCUCCAAAAGCGUACACAACCCAAACCCAAACCCGAAUCCGAAUCCGAACUCAAACCCAAAGCAACCGAAAAUAGCUACCCACAUAACAAGAUGUUAUACAUAAAAGAGCUAGUAAAUUUUA